UUGUCAGUUCUAGAAAAAGCAAUUCAGAAACAUAGUUUCUAUUUGAAGAGUGGAGCCUUCAUAUUGCCGCACUACGUGGAUCCAGAAGAAAAAGAUGGACGAGUUGUGCGACGAGAAACGAACGAGCUCAAAUAUCGUCUGAAAGGGGAAGGGCUCUCGCCGAAUUUCGACCCGCAGAACCCGUCGUUGGCGUCGACGAUGGCCCAAGCGGAACGCCUGAAUCUGCGUAGUCCGCGGCUGGAGCAUGCGGAGCGCACUGUCACUGUGCGCGCAUUGGCGCCAUUGCCACUCUCUUACGAGGAGAGCGGUCAGCCGCAUACAACGAUUUCCACUUGGCAAGAAUCUAGCAGGCUACCUGAUGAAGUGACGACUGAGUACGAUGAGAAAGGCAACAAGAUUACUCGAACGCUGAAAACUUCGCAGGUUAAGCACACGGUUCAAAAACAGACUUUCCAAAACUAUGUUGUUCCCACGGACGAGCAACCGGGAGUUGUCACAGUGGAGCGCAUACGAGAGGAGACAACUCCGUUGAGUGCUGCUGCAGUGGCGACGAACGGCUCUGCUGGCUCGCCUCAUGUCGUUGAAACACAUUCGCGAUCCGUUGCAUAUGAUGCAGGGCAGAAUGAACACCAACAUGAGAGUAACUGCUGGGGUUACGGGUUACCACUGAGGUAG